AUGAAACAAAUAUUAAUCAUUUUGUUUACAAUUUUAAUUUUGGUAUCAUCAAAUUCAUUAACAGAUGAUGAUGAUGAUGAUACUAUCAACAACAACAAAGAAAUCAAUAACAAACAUCAUAAAAACUGUUUAAAACAAUCAUUUAAAGGAUACACUGCAUCAUAUUUAGUGAAUGCAUGGAAUAGUUAUCUUCCAACAGGACCAAACAAUGAAAUGACAGCAAUGACAUUCUACGAACACGCCAACAUAUCUGUAGAUUUUACCACUCAACGUGAAAGAGUAGAUUAUAUUAUGUAUACUCAAAUUGGUCCUGUAACUGGUAGUUUAUGGAGUUUUCAAUCAAAUAAAACUACAUAUAUGUUGGAUGGAGAAGGUAAUUGUUAUGCAUUACCAUUAUUUUAUGAUAUUCCUACUGGGUAUCCAAAGAAUGUUUCGCAAUGGACAAGAGAAACUAAACUAGGUCAAUUUAAAGUACUUGAAAUUGGCAUUGAUCCAUCCUACUCUGGUCCAUUGACCAAUCAAACAGUGUACUAUGACUACAAACAUUGUGUUGUAGUGUCUGCACAUGUCAAAAACGCAAAUGCAUCCAAUCCAGGAUACAUGACCACCGACUAUUACAAUUACAAAAAUUAUCCAACACCAAGUCGUUUCCAAUUACCUCAAAUUUGUUUAAAUUCGAAUAAUAACAAGGUGGUUGCUACAGGUAACAAUGGUGGUAGUGUCUCUAUCGAUACUACAAAAAUAUCUGUAUCCAAAGAAAUCCCAAUCUCUAUCCAAAUGAAAGACCUUCCUAUUGGUCAUUAA